AGCACUUUUUGUUUUUCAGCUACAGUCCACCCUGUUUAACCAACCAGCUCGUAAAACAUGGUGGACAGCAACAUUAAGCUACCACGAGCCUUGAAAGCCAAACUAAUGUUAUGGACAGACGUAAGCUACCAUGACAUGGAGUUUAUUGACCAAAUGCAGUCCAUUCCUGACAUUGAAAGCGUUUUAUGUCGUGUGUUUAGAGUUUACCUCCCACAACCAAAAAGAGGAGUUCUGCUGGAGCUAUACGUCCAAACUGUGCUAUUUUGCAGAACACAUGGACUGAAAAAAGAACAAACAUCUGCGCUUUUGUCAAUCAUCAAGUCCAUUCAUGAGGCCAACAUUGAAACGCCUCUCAACAACAUAGAUGAGUGUCUCAAGUAUUCCCAAGAGCUCCUGCUCUGUCACUCAGUCAGGCGGCCUCCAUUUAGCAUCAACAUCUUCAGCUUUGAGGAGGCCAACUGCAUAUUUACAUACAUCCAUAACUACUAUCUGAGGAUCUACAAACUCUACAAGUAUGUCUUCACACCCCAGACACAUUGA